AUGUCUCUGCUUCUUUUCGUCAUGGGCUUGUUUCACCCUCAUCGUCGGUUGGAAGCCAAGCUUCUGCUGCCUCUCAUCAUAGGCCUGGGCCUGCUCCAUCCGCGACUGAAGGAAGAGGAGUUGCUUGCGACUCACCACUUUACUGCAUCACCAGUCUAUCUUCCAUGGAGGGACGGGCCUAGAGAUGUCGUGACCGGCAAAGAAGCGUUCCAGAAUCUUGAAGUUCUUGAAGACCCGAUCAAAACAACAGUGAAACUCGAAGAAGAAGCUUCUGGUUACUUCUCCAGCCAGUUUCCAAGACGGUACGCGGUUCCUGAAAGCAGCAAUUCAAAAUCCAGGCUGUCAUCAGAGAUGGACGAAGCUCGCGUGGCGCCAUUGAAGGUCAAGAUGUCUGUGCCCAUCUUGAAAACUUGGCCGAUUGGAACGGACUUUCCAAGUCGUGCCAACCUCGAUGAUAGAUAA